AUGUUGGAUGGAGGCAUGAUCCCUGCUGAUGCCCAAGGUUUGGCGAUCGUGGUGUUGAUAUAUACGAUUUUCAAUGCUGUGGCUGCCGGACUUGUAGUCCUUAUGCACUUCCGCCAUGGCGAUCCUUUUGGAUAUGUCCCUUUGUGUGCUUGCUUCAUGAUUGUCAACAUUGUUGCCGCAUUUGUUCAGCAGAUACAUUUCUUCACCAGUUUCGAGACUAUUCAGAUUGCCAGCUACAACUAUCAAGUCAGCGGUCACUAUGUUGGAAAGCCGGCAUUUACUGGAACAAACACUCCUCUUGAUACAACUUUGUAUGAGAUUCAACUGUAUUGCUACAACGUCGAGUCACUUCUCUUCUUGGCUUGGAUUGCUGGACUCUGGCGUCAUGUCUGGCGUCUUCGCAUCGAGCUGCUGGAUAAAGGUGGCCAUAUGGUUUCAACCAGCGUCAAGAUCGCUGCUGCCGUUGUCCCAGCCAUCUUGAUCGGCAUCGCCAACGCAUCUUCCGUGGACCGCACUCCAGGAGUGUCCCUUAUCCUUUGCAACAUCUUAUUGGCCGGCAGUGUCGCAGUCGGCCUAAUCCUCUUGGCCCUCGUCUUCUACAAAUACGUCUCCAUCCAAAAGUACCUCAGCGACUCUUCGUCACAAAACAAUGGCUUCUUUGCCCGCUUCAAAUGGCGCAUCAAAUUCUCCCUACCCAGCUCCUCAAAAAGUAGAAGUCAACGCAGUAGAGCCAUGGAAAGUGCUGCACAGAGCCAAAUGCAGAAUAACAUGCACAGUCAAUUACAAAGUGGCAUCGAUCAGACCGGCGGCUCGCAACUACCUGCAAGAAACAAAGCUUCUGGAGCGAGGAAAAACGACUCGAUGUAUGAUAAAUGGCUACUGAUUCGUUUCUGCAUUUGUUUUGUGUUAUUGUGCAUCAUGCAAAUCUACCUCAUCUACUACAGUAUAGCCCGCUACUUUGCCUCUGCCGCAAACUCCCUAACCGCAAACCUCGACCUCUCCGCCUCUUCAGCCAUAAUCUCCCUCGUAAUGUUCAUCCCAGGCGUCACCCUCGGCCUCUUGAUCUUUAUCGUUUUCGGCACAACCUCCCCCUUCCGCAGAGACUAUGCCACAUGGGCACGUUUCCUAGUCUCUGGCUGCGGAGGUCGAAGCACUAGAAACAGUCUAGCGUCGGGGAGUCUGCAUCGCACGGAAUCAGUGGUGCGAUUGACCAAUUUGGAGAGGAAGGGGAGUCAGAGGAGUGGUGGUGGUGGGGAUGUUGGGCUUGGGGUGGCAGAGGAAGGGUUAAAGGGUAGGGAUGGCGAGUAUAGGGUUAGUGUUACGCCGAUGGGGUUGGGGAAUGGCGAUGAUGGAUAUGGGGAGAGACAGUUGGGCAUGGGGAUUAUGAUGACGAGGAGUAUUAAACAGAGUGAUGGUAGAUAA